AGACAAGAAGCGUCCGGAUUCUCGCUCCCGACUCCCUGCUAUAACGCAUCCGAUAUUUGCUUACAAAGUACUUUUUCGAAGCGGAGCUGCAAUUGCCAACUUAGCCACACAUGCAGCAGUCGGUAUUGUUAUUUGGAACUGAUCGUAUCUCUUAGGGCUAUUGUAGAAAUCAUCCUAAAACUUUGAGGGCGUUUAAGUGCAAAAUGAAGUCUUUGCUGAUAGUGACACUGGUUCUAGGAUCUUCCUUUAUUUGGGCCGAUGCUGUUAUAUUUGAGAAGAAUUGUAUCAAACCAGAUGAGUCCUACACUUUCGACGAAGAUCGGUUCAUCGGCAAGUGGUACGAGAUUCGACGUUUCUACGAUGCUAAUCAGGCGGACCAGGAGGAUUGUGUGCAGGAAGUCUACACGCGAUCGAAGAACAUGAUCGAUCUGGAUAUCGUCCGUUCCGUGCAAAUCGGGCAGAGUGGACUGCCGCAAUACUCCAGUGGAAUUGCCUCGCCGAAGGUGUUCGGGAACUCUCGGGUGCCGCAGUUUUAUCUCCGCUACAAUACCACUAGCCCGGCUGAUCCUGAUAUCAAAAUUGAUGUGGUCGACACCGAUUAUCGAAACUACGCCAUCCUCUACUCAUGCAAUGCAGUGAAUGAAUCUAUGGUGUCUGAAACGGCCAUGGUUCUUUCGCGCAACCCAUUGGUCACCAAAUCGGUAGCAGAAGCGAUCAACAAAUACAUCAGCAGAUAUUUCACCCAUCCGGAGCACAAGUGGCGAGUCACCGAACAAUCUAGCGCUUUCUGUAAACCUACCUUGAUGGUGCAAUCUAAGGCUGUUUCCGUAUUUGAAUCUGGACUGGUUCUGUUUUACAUAAUCGUCGGUGUAAUUUGUACUAAGAUGUUCUCCUAAUGGCAUCAGUUUGUUCUUAAGAAUUGUAAAUUUAUUCCGUUUGUAUUACUGUCUGUAGCUGUGAAAGGAAUUCGUGUUGAAUAAAAUGUGUAAAGAUGAUUAUGAUUUUAAAACUGCAUAAGAAAGUUCUUCUUCAAUUAUCCAAUGGAGGAACUUGAACAUAACGCUGAUUUCAUUAAAAAAAUAUUAUUGACACUUCGUGGAGGGAUGACAACCGGUUUAAUUAACGAUAGAAGUUUUAUGUCACUCAUUUUCUUGGUGUCAUCGAAAAAGAUUUAAAUCACAACCUCUAUGAUUUCCAAAGCCAAUAGAAUCCACCCAAUAAAGAUGCACUAUUUUCAGU